CCUGGUUUUAGUUGCUCUUAUCGGACGCCUGCAUUUACAAUGCAAAAUACAGCCCGAGGUGUAAGAUAGCCUCGAGUACCUUGAGCAUAUCAUAGCCACCAAGUUCAAGCCGCUCUCGCCAACGACGGCAACGACAACGACAUCGACGACAACGAAGUUUGUGGUUUUGUGGCGCAGUCGAUGACGCUGACGACGACUUGGGGCUGUCGUGGCGCUGAUUAGUUGAAAUAGAAACGUUAACAAUGCCUCAUCUACUACGGAAGUUGCCCGUUUCUCCCACGGCUACAAUGCACGAUCCACGGACCACAAUCCGAAACCUGCCUCCGGCCUACAGUCCCGCACAGACGCCGCUUAGCCGGGAGAAGGAUUUUGCUCCGCAGGUGCGCUAUCAUCUGGAGCUGCCACGCAAGCCAAAGUUUCGCCCCUGCAAGGUCAUCUUUGUGGGCGACUGCUCCGUUGGCAAGACGGCCAUAGCAAAUCGCUUCUGCUAUGACAAGUUCCAGUCCAACUACAAGGCAACGAUUGGCGUGGACUUUGAGCUGGAGAACUUUAAUAUACUUGGUCACAAUUACUGCCUGGAGAUGUGGGAUACGGCCGGACAGGAGCGCUUCAAGUGCAUCGCUGGCGCCUAUUAUCGCAACGCAAGUGGUAUGUACAUAAAAUUAUCAUUUUCUGCCCUUCAGACCCAAUUUCCAUUAGUGAUUGUGGCGACCUAUGACAUGUCGCGACGCGAUACCCUGGAAUCUGCCAAGAAAUGGCUGGCCAGUGCACUCAACUACAAUUCAAGCCACAGACCACUGGUCUUUCUGGUGGGCACGAAGGCAGAUCUCUUGACAAAGGAGGAAUUCAUGCGUAUGGAGCGGUUGGCGGGCAUGGCGGCCGCCGAACUUAAUGCGGAAUAUUGGUCCGUAUCGGCGCGUUCCGGCUUUAACGUUACGGAGUUGUUUCAACGGCUGGCUGCAUUGGCUUUUGAGGAGGCAGUGAAGCAGCAGCUAGGAUCGCUCAAAGGCACAGCACAGGAACAGGCGACGCUGGCAUCUGUGAAAUCGCAAACAUUUGAUUUACGUAGCUAUUUCAGCAGUCGCUUCUCAAGGCAAAAAAAUGGAUGUGCUUGCUAGCCUUUACAAUUAAUUUUAUGUUAAAUAAAGCAAUUUAUAUUAAAAAGUA